UGCAUCGUUGUAUAUAAGUAGUAUACUAGUAAGAAGUGAAAUAUAUUGGCCUAAUUUUAAACAAUCUAUAAUCAUUCUACUUGGUUGUGUACCCUUAGCCUCAUUUGUCAAUCUAGCAUGUUCAGCGUGUGCAAAAGAAGACAAUUGCCAACUUUGUCUGUCUGUCUGCUUUCAGUUGUUAUACUUGCGUUGGUAGGUUUCUAAAGUAUGUGUUGAUCUUAUAAAGUCAUUUUUAACUUUAUUAAAAAGCUAAAAGUCAAAAUAUGGAUUUCCAACAUCGUGCUGGAGGUAAAACUGGUACUGGAGGUGUUGCAUCAUGGUCCGAAACAAAUCGAGACAGGAGAGAGAGGCUUCGACAGCUCGCUCUGGAAACUAUUGACCUAAAUAAAGACCCAUAUUUUAUGAAGAACCAUUUAGGUUCAUAUGAAUGCAAACUUUGUCUUACUCUUCACAACAAUGAAGGAAGUUAUUUAGCACAUACUCAAGGUAAGAAACAUCAAGCUAACCUAGCACGACGAGCAGCUAAAGAAGCUAAGGAAUCCCCUCAACAGCCUGCACCUGCUAAACCUCGUGUUGACAUAAAGAAAUUUGCCAAGAUCGGACGUCCUGGUUACAGAGUUACUAAACAAAGAGAAAAAGAAACAGGGCAACAGAGCUUGCUUUUCCAGAUAGAUUAUCCUGAAAUUGGUGAAGGUAUUGCUCCAAGGCACCGUUUCAUGUCUGCUUAUGAGCAGAAGGUUGAACCUCCAGAUCGUCGUUGGCAAUAUUUGUUAUUUGCUGCUGAGCCAUACGAGACCAUCGCUUUUAAGGUGCCAAGUCGUGAAGUUGAUAAAAGUGAAGGCAAAUUUUGGGUUAUGUGGAACAAAGAAACUAAACAAUUUUUUCUUCAGUUUAGUUUUAAAGUAGAGCCCAAAGUUAUCAAGCUUCCUCCUCCACCACCACCUAAUGCUCCACCAGGACCAGUGCCAGCUCAACGUCCAAGUGCACCACCUCAAAAUAUGCCUCCUCCUCCACCUCCUGCACCAAUGAUGCCACCUCCUCCCAGACCAAUGGGAAUGCCUCCACCACCACCUCUGCCAAGUGGUAUACCUCCUAGUUUUCCUUCUAUGCCUCCACCACCAAUGAAUCAGUUUCAACAUAUGCAAACAAGACCUCCUCCACCGAUGAAUAUGAAUUUUGUGCCUCCUCCUCCACCUCCUAUGAUGCGUCCACCAGGUCCUCCACCGCCACCUACAAGUGCUCCUGCUCCUGCUCCACCACCUCCUCCAGCUCCAAUGCCUAAAUUUACGGCUCCUCCUCCUCCAGCUCCUCCAGCUCCACCAGCAACACAACCAAAUCCACCUCCAUCAGUCCCAGGAAAUCCCCCAAUGCCACCACGUGUGGAAUCUCCCCCAGUCUCUCCACCUUCACCUCCAUUAUCAGAUGGCGAAAAGUAAUGUUAGCCAUGUAAUUAAGAUAUUUGGUACUUUAAAAAAUGAAAUCAGUUCAAAUUGUUUCUUCAAGGUGUAUAACAUUAUACAUUUGUAUUUAACCUCAACUAAAUUUGUUUAAUCUUCGGUUGUAAUUCAAUCAGUAGAGCAUCAUAAUUGAAUAUUUCAUGGUUUAUUCAUCAAACAUAAUUUCGCUUGUAAUCUGCUAAAGGCUCCGUGAAAUAAAAUACUAUUAAAAAAAAGAGGGAAUAAAGAAGUAAUGAGCAAGUAAAAAUUAUUUUUAUUUAGCAGUAGUAUCAGUUGUAUAAAAAUUAGUUUGUUUUAUAAAUAAAUACACAAUAUAAAAUUAAUGUUAAUAAAAGUAAGGCAAAUAAUAAUUAAUUGCAAUAAUUGGAAAAAAAUGUUUCACUCUUUCACAGGCAUCAAAGUUGAUUUUAUUGUUACAUAACAGUGUACAAUAAAUAAUGUACAGUUACAGUCUGUCUAUCAUUAGAAAAGCUCUCGCCAGUUAGUCUGCAGCUGUCUGUUGCUGUAGGAACGAGCCUUGACCCGUUGUCAGUAGGGGUGUUUUGAAGCCUAAUUAUAAACUGUUUUUCCCUCAGCCAACAGUCGCCGAAAACGUUCGCCCGUAUUUGAAAUAUACUAGCCCUUUUGCUAUUACACAAUAUAAAAUUGAUGUUAAUAAAAGUAAGGCAAGUAGUAAUUAAUUGCAGUAAUUGAAAAAAAUUUUCACUUCUUGUUUAGCCGUCAAAGUUGAUUUUAUCAUUACUGAAUAGUGUACAAUAAUGUACAAUUACGGUCUGUCUAUCAUACAAAAAGCUUUCUCCAGUUAGUCUGCAGCUGUCUGUUGCCAUAGAAACGAGACUUGACCCAUUGUCCUUAGGGGUGUCUUGAAGACUUAAUAAUAAAUACUAGCCUAGAAUAAUAAUAAUUUUAAUAUAAAUACUAGCCUAGAAAUAUGCUAGCCCUGUUGCUAUUAUACUAUAUAAGAUUGAUGUUAAUAAAAUUAAGGCAAAUAAUAAUUAAUUGCAAUUAUUGAAAAAAUGUUUCACUCAUUGUUCAAUCAACAAAGUUGAUUUUAUCAUUACUGAAUAGUGUACAGUAAUGUACAAUUACAGUCUGUCUAUCAUACAAAAAGCUUUCGCCAGUUAGUCUGGAGCUGGAAUAGCAGCAUAGAAAUCUUUUAGCUAAAACUUCGCCUUUUAUGUGUUUUGGAAUGAAUUAAAUUAAUUAUUUCGUAAGAUUAAAUUAAUUGAUUUUAUUUAAAAAUUAAAUAAACUAGGAUUAAAUUAGUUUAAAAUAGGAUUAAAUUAAUGUUUUCAUUGUACAAAUGGUUAAAUUAAUGUUUUCAUUGUACAAAUGUUUCCAAUUUAUCCCAUUUUUCUUUAGUAACUGCUUUUAAUAGUUAGUCAUACCAGUCUGCAGCUUGCCAUAGAAAUGAGCCUUGACCCAUUGUCCUUAGGGGUGUCUUGAAGACUUAAAUUAUAAACUGUUUUCCCUUCAACCAACAGUCGCCAAAAAGAAAAUAACAAUAAAGCAACCCUUGGUUCAGCCCCUAUUUGAAAUAUACUAGCCCUGUUGCUAUAGCGACCGCCACCCACCAGACACUGUGGCGGGGUUGUUCUACUCGUAGACAGACAAGUAUCUUUAGUAGGUCUUUUUGUUAAAAUAUGAUACUGAUUAUUUAGGUAUGCCAACUAUUUAUUGUGGGUUUUCCAUAAUUGCCGAUUCCUACGUUGUUAUGUAAUUAUGAAUGUUACAUAAAUUGCUAUAGAAAAUGCCAAGUUAUCGCAUGACUGGUGCAUACAAGUGAGCAAAAGUGAAAGAUCAAUAUUUAUGAAAGUGCCAGUGUCAUGAUUAAUAUAUCGUAUCACCUCCAACGGUUGUGCUGAUAUCUUAACCAGGAUAUCAUAUCAGCUCAAAUUGUAACAUUAUAUGCACAUACUGUAUGAGCCAUGUCAGACUUUACUGAAUUGCCUGUUGAAGCUAUUAAAUACAUGUAUGUGUGACCAUCACGUGUAUUUGUAUUAAAAAGUGUUGAUAAAUAUACUGACCGUGUUCCUUCCAAAAAGACAAAGUUCUUCAGGAUACAAAUUUGCUGUGAAGAGUUGCCAUGUUUAUGGGCUUCAAAGUUUUCAGAAAAUUUUAUUGUAUUCAUGACCUCUCAAUCAUGAUGACUGAAUAUGGCAUGUGAAAUCUAAAAAACAUCAAAUUGCAUGAAAAUAAAAUUUAUUUAGUUCAAAA